AUGAUCAAAUUCAUUCCUCCUCAUGUUGAUUUGACGCCAGACAAUGAUAUGAGUUGCAUGAAAAAUGGUGAUAGAGGAAGCGUAGAACAAUCUGGACUUAAUGAUCAACUGAAAGUAUGCGGUUCGAACCCAAUCUCAGCGUCUCGACUGCUCCUGUCUAGGCUUGGGCAACCUGGCAGUAUCCCAGCCCUCGUGCCUCCUUCAGCGGCAUGA